UAAAUAUGAAUGAAGAAUUAGAAGAAAUCAUUGGAAUAUUAAAUUCAGAUCAGAUAUCUCCAAAGAUAGCAUCCAGACCAAAUAGGAAUAAUACCAAGGCUCAGACUUUCAAAAAUAAAGAUUUCAAAAGUUUUAAUGUGAAUGAAAAGGCACAGAAACAAGUGAAAGAAAGUGAGAAUGUAGCAGAGAAGGUCAAGUCUAUUCCUACAAAAAACAAUGAUCUAGCUAAAAUAAAAUCUGAUGCAACUAUUCAAAAGAAGGAAUUACAAAUAAAAACUGAUAAUAUUGACCUAAAGAACUCUGUUAUGAAGAUGAAUGAUGCUAGCCCCACCAAGAAGGGAAAUAUUAAAGGAAAACCAUCAAAGAAUAAAAAUAACUCACCAGCCAAGCCCAAUGGUCCAGAAAUUCAAGCUGAGGUUAUAGAAGAUGCAGUUGAAAAGAAAAAGCUUAAUAGGGAUCUUGACCAUGAAUGCAAUCCUUCUCCUGAGCUUAUUAAGGAUAUACCAGUGAUUAGGAAUAACUCUGAGAGUCAAAUCGGAAAGAAAGAGGCUGUCAAUCCACCACCUCCAAUUUUAGAUGUUCAGAAGCCCUCUGUCAGUUCUGUAAUAGCACCUGUACCAGCUCCAUUGGAGAUUCCUAUGGAAGCUCCAAUGGAAGAUCCUUUAGCAGAUCCUAUGGAAGCUCCAAUUGAAGUUCCAAAGGUAAAAUCAAAGGAAGAAGAAAAAGAAAAGAAACCAAUUUUAGGAAUAGGUGGAACUGUCAAUAAAGAAGUGGCCAAAGGGAUUGAAAAGAAAUAUCUGGUGUUCCGCCCUUAUAUUGAUCCAAUUGCAGUUAAACCUUAUAAGCCUCCAGACAGAGGAUAUUAUUUCAAAUUUAAUAAUUGAGAUGUUAAGAUCAUCAGAUAUACACUGGAAGACAACGGAUUCCGAGAAGUCAAGACAAACUCAUUAGAUUGGACAGUUAUGUGGUUUACUGGAUCAAUUAAACCACAAGUAUAUCAAGGGUUAAACAAGUAUCAAAGAGUAAAUCACUUUCCUAAAUCAAGCGAGUUAUGCCGCAAAGACCUGAUAACAACCAACAUGAGUCGCAUGAACUCCCUCUACGGCGACACCCACUUUGACUUCUACCCAAAGACAUUCAACCUGCCUAAGGAGCACGGGAUGCUUGUUGAAGAAAUGGACAGAAAUCCAGAGCAGUGGUGGAUAGUAAAGCCAGCAGCAUCAGCUCAAGGAAGAGGUAUUUACUUUACUAAAUAAUGUGCAGGAGCUUCCAUAUAAGCAAAACUGCGUUGUUGCUCACUACGUAGACAACCCAAUGCUUAUCAACGGCUAUAAAUUUGAUCUUCGAAUUUAUGUUUGCUUAACCUCAAUUAAUCCACUGAGGAUUUAUAUGUAUGAAGAGGGCUUAGUAAGAUUUGCUACUGCUAAGUAUAAGCCACUUGGAACUGAGAAAUUUACGAAAUACACACAUCUGACUAACUACAGUGUGAAUAAAAAGAAUGCUAAUUUCCUUAGAAGUAACGAUGCUUCUCAGGAUAACUAUGGCUCUAAAUGGUCUCUGACUGCUCUUUGGAAAUACUGUAGAAGUAAUGGCAUUGAUGAUAUUCAAAUUCGGAAAGAUAUUGAAGAUGUCCUGAUUAAAACAAUCAUUUCAGCUGAGCAUCAAAUGGGCAAAGCAUUUGAAAUGUAUGUUCCUUACCAAAAGAACUGAUUUGAAUGCCUCGGUUUUGACGUCCUUCUUGAUGAAAAUUAUAAGCCAUGGCUCAUUGAAGUGAACCUAUCUCCAGCCAUGAGCUGAGAUUCCCCCAUUGAUCAGAAAGUUAAAGGAAAUAUGGUUGCUGAUAUGCUGUCUCUAUGCGGAAUUGUUCCAUUAGAAAAGAGAAGUAAGGUAGAAGUAAGAAAACAAGGCCUCCAUUAUGGAGCUUAUUCUGAAAAGCAAGAUAAGCCAAGAAGUAAAGUUUCCAAAUCUAAACCAAAAUGGGCAAACACAGGAGGCGGCAAGCAUGUUGGAUCCGAACUGAAUUCCACUCAUCACAGAAUGCUCAACAAGGGCAAGCUAACCAAAGAAGAGAAAGAUAUUGUGAGAGAAACUGAUGAAGAGUAUAAACUUAGAGGAAAUUUCAAAAGAAUUUUUCCAAAUGCUAACUACUCUCUAUACAAAAAUUUCUUCACAACUGAGAGACCUUUAAAUGCUGUAGUAGAUUACAAAAUUUGUAUGAGAAAAAUGAACAGAGAGAAAGCAAUGAAUAGUCAGGGAUUACCAACUUUCAACAAUGCUUUGCAACCUACUUCAAAAGGUCAAUCAAGGAUGUCAAACCAAAAGCCAGAAUUUAGGAUCAGGAAGCGUAAUGAGUCUGCAAAAGUCAAGAUUGGAAAGAAUUCUAUCAUAAAGAAGGCCAAUUCAUCCUUUAAAGAAAACAACCAUUCCCAAAUUGAUACUGUAAAUGCUGAUGAGGAAGUCCCAGUUGAUGUUUAUAUGAACCUUCCUCAGAAGAUCCCAAAGCAAGGAAAAGAUUUUACAAACCAACAGGUUAUCAGUAAAAUGCAGGUAAAAUACGGAAUGAGGACAUCUUUACCUCCAAAUUCCCGAUCAAAGAAGCGUAGGACCGUAAACGGUAUGGCUCUUUCAUCAGGUCUCAAAAAGGUGUACAGCAAUAAGCCUCCCGAAAUGAUGGAGCCCAUCCUCAGGUCUGGGUCCUACAAAGAGAAGCCUUCAAAGGUGCCUCUCAAGAAGAAGUUCAUGAACCACAACAAGCUUCCUGAGAUCCAAGGAGGUAAGCCUUUGCUGCCUAAAAUUAAAUCUUAAUAUUUUCUAUUCAACUUGU